AUGGCGUCUGUCGCCUCCGGGGCAGCUAUUAUGCCUGGUCUGUGCCUUCCGCCCCGUGUGAGCUGGUCAGAAAAUGCUACAACUUGCCACAACAGCAACGAUCAGUGCAAGAACUUCCAAUCGCUGGAGAUAUCGGUCCCUUCGCCAGACUUUGGAUACACCACCACCACCUUCCCGCCAUCAUCGCCGCCGCCACCGCUGCCGCCACCGCCACCACUCCCGUCUCCGAGACCCCAAUCAGCUCCCCCGUCUCUGCCUCCGAAGACAGCCAUCAUCACAGACGGGCAGUGCAAAGUCACAGCAUCCGGCCUGUGCCUUGCGGCUCUGCACGGCCCCGAAUUCGCUGAUUGCCCGCCCCCAUCGAUCGGGUACUCGCGCAAAGAGCAACGGUAUGUCGCCGUCCAGCCAAAGCGAUGCGCGUGCGAGUUCCGCCUACUCGGUGGGGUGAGGUACUGCAGCCGCUCCGUCUGA